UUCUACGACAACAAGCAAAGCACUUUCUGAAUCUUUGGCUUAUCCCACGAAUGCGAGCGUCGCAUUGCAACUCGCAAGUCAGUAAGUCACAAGCUAAAAGUGGCAAUUGGCUUAUGCCUUGCGGCUUUUCAAUCGAUGGGUCAAUCCAAUCAAGAAAUAGACAAUAGACAUGAUAAUGAUAAUAAAUUAAGUCGCUUUCCAUCUUCCGCUUUAAGUUGAGUUUGCCCCGCGCAUACAAGUACCACAGUACACCAUUAAUGGCCAAUGGCCAAUGGGUAUCACGCUUUCGCUGCCAUUGUUCGUUGCUUGAUGAUACCUCUCUCUUAACUUAACUUUUCCCUUUUUUAGCUUGCGCGCCUUCCUUUCCUAUUUUAUACGCUGUAGAUAUUUUUUUCUAGGUCUUGAAUUCCAAGUGUUCGACGAAAUGCAUGAACCAUGCUCUCCUUUACUACUGUGCCAACCCAUAUCUUUGUAUCGCCGAAUUCUUUUGCUGAUUUAAGCCGCAAUUACUUUCGCUUAAAUCUAUUUGAAGGAAGGUCGAGAAACAGAGAACGGUUAAUGGAUUUGCACUUUGUUGCGGGGAGGGAGAGCUGUUCUUUGUUGGGGUUUUUGGACGCAAAAAAUAGGAAUUAUAGGGAUUGUUUUUGGAGCUGUGGUGGGUUUGCUAGAAGGUGUAAAACGGGUUGGAAAAGUGAGGAAGAUUUCGCUUUGGAAGCGGAGAUUUUGGAGUACAUGAAGAAUUCGGAGAAACCAGAGGCGUUUCCAAGCAAGAAGCAACUAAUUGAUGCUGGGAGGGUGGACCUUGUGGAGGCUAUUUUGACGCAAGGAGGCUGGGUCGCUUCGGGUUGGGAUUCGGAUGUUAAUCUAAACGGGGAAGAGGAGGUUAUUUAUAAUGUUGAUACAAAUUGGGGUUUGGUGACAGAUAAUGAAUGCAAUGCGGAGAGGGUUCAGGAGGGCCAUGAAGAAUGGAAUUCUGAAGCUUCUUCCUUUGACGUUGGCAAUGGUUCAUAUCCUUCACCUUCCUCGUCUGGUAGAUCACUAGAGACAGCAGCUGAAAAUGAUUCUGGGAUUGAGGGUAUAUUGAGUCGACUGGAAAAAGAAAGAAAUAUCAGUUUUGGGUUUGGUUUGCAAGAGAGAACAGGAGAUACAGGUGUCCAAAGUAAUGAUGUUAGCCACAACUCGCCAGCUAAAAGCACAAAGAAUGCAACAGUUGGUGUUGCUGCCCUAGAAAGAAACAAGGGAACUGCAUCGUCAAACCCUACCAAUGGCAUAGUCAAUGGUUUAGAGGGGAAUAUGAAUCACAGAACAUCUCUAUCAAAUAUCGAUGGUUUCGGAAAGUCACUGAAGCCAGAUGCCUGGAGGACAUGGAGCAUUAGGAGGACAGGGUUUUCAGGAAUGGAAUUUGAAGCUGAUGAAUUCGUUUCAUGUGGAACUAGAGCAGGAGGUGAGGUGGAUUGUUUAAGAGAUGAAAUACUUGAAACAAGGGAAAGCACAAUUGCAUCUUUAAAUGGAAGGAAAGUGAACUCUUCUCAUGAAAGGAUUAAGUACAAUCAAAUACGAAGUCGCCUCCAGCACUUGGAGUCAGAGCUUUCUUCUGUGCUCAACGCAUUAAAAUCAAAUGCUGAUGAAAAUGCAUUAGAGAAAGUUGAAAGUUCUGAUGACGAUUUCUUGAAGCUUUCUGAUGCUUGGGAGUUCCAAGAAAAUGAGAUCAUGACUGCUCAGGCUAAACUGCGGGCAAUACGAGCAAAGUUAGCAAUAUUAGAAGGGAAAACGGCACAUGCACUAAUCAAUGCACAAAAGAUAGCAGAAGAGAAACAGAGAAGGAUUGAUGAUGCUCGGAGAGCUUUAGGACUUCUUCGUACUGCAUGCAUAGUUUGGCCUAAUUCAGCCUCAGAAGUGCUCCUAGCUGGAUCAUUUGAUGGAUGGACCACCAAGUUACUCAUACUGGAAGAAAUAAUUGCAGAAGACCAGUUGAAUGUCAGCUCUGAGAAUUUUACAGGAAGAAUAAAAGUACAAUACGGCUUAAGAGAUUCUAAGUAGAGAGAGGAAUAUGAUGACCUCCAUCUACAUGAAAAUUGGGCAUAGACAGCAUAAGAGCAUGCGUUUUUUUUCCUUUAAAAAUUUACUUGCUCAUAGAGUGGGGACCGUACCGCAGGACAGCAGGAGUUCUAACUGCUUGCUUUUUGCAAGAGAAAGGGAAGGGACUAGGGAGAUGUGAUAUUUGGUUUAAUGAUAUUGCAUGCCUUUUAUUUUCUGUGUGUGGUUCAAUGAGGAGAUCUGCAAAAAUAUAUGCUUACAGUAACAACAAAACCAGGCUGCUCAAGAAUGUCAUAAUUGAAAUCACUCAUGAUAUCAGCAGGCUGGUGUUCUCAGUGGUAUUUGUUUUGUUGUGUUGGCCCUUUUCUUUAGCCUCCAACAAUUUCUUUCAUAUUGAGGCUUCCAGCUCCUCCGCAAUAAGCUUUUGUGAUUCUGUAAAAUACAAAUGGCAACUAGGCAGGUAACUGUGCCAGUUUAUACGUACUCGUCUCUUUUUUCCCU